AUGACGACUUGCGAGGACAUAGACGAGUGUCAAACUACAACACACAACUGCUCACAGUUAUGUAACAACACUGUAGGUGGUUACACCUGUAGCUGCCAUCAAGGUUAUGAGUUACACAACGACAGCAGAUUUCUCUGUGUUGAUGUCGACGAAUGUGGUUUAGGAACUCACACCUGUGAAAUUACUUGUGUCAACACAUUAGGUUCUUACACCUGUAGCUGCCCAUUAGGUUACCAACUUGACCAAGAUGGUAGCUCCUGUGUCAAGACCAGAUCACAACCAUCUUGUCCCUGCUCCUGUAGGACUCAGACCAGAAUCAACAUGUCCAGUACUCUAAUGGCCGUUCAGAAAGAAAUUGACCAGAUCAAAAAGAACUUGACCGUUGAGACUCACGACCUGUCGUCCUACAUACGGAGCAAGACUUCCGCAACAGACGACAGAAUGACGUCAGAGACAGUCGGUUUAUUUGGCGCCAUUUUGAUAGUUGUUAACAUUGGAGUUGUCGUAAUUCCUGAUGUCAUCAUCACACUCAUAAAGUUGCUGUUUUCAAAGCUGCGGCCUAUAUUUAGUAAAAACGUGGUUGAUGUUCUUUAA